CGCCAGCAAGUUCGUCUCCGGGACGGUCACUGCAGGCUGUCGGGGGUCAUGGGUGUUUUGAGAGAUCGGGGAUUCGAUUUCACUGGCAUUGAAGUUGCCCACAUAUGGGCUCUUGCGCAUGCGCACCCGGAGGUACGAUGGGAUGAUGUCAGCGACGCGACGAUAGAAGAGGCAAAGACACUUCUAUCCAGCAAAGAAAACGCCGACGUACGUGGAAAUGCAUUUUUGCUGCGUACGGACAUACAUCGCUGCUUUGACCGGUAUCUGGUCGGUAUUUAU